AUGGGGGAGAGGUACAAGUGCUGGAAACGGUUGUUUGCUCUUUUCGAGAGCGUGCCGAAACGGUCCUUUGCUCUGAUUGAGAGCGGAAUCGGCUCGGGUAACGGUGAAGGAAGAUGGGGGAGAGGUACAAGUGCUGGAAAUGGUUGUUUGCUCUUUUUGAGAGCGGGUUCAGCUCGGCGUGCCCGUAGUAGUGGUGAGGGAAGAUGGGGAAAGGCACAAGUGCCGAAUGGCCCUUUGCUCUACCUGAGAGCGGAUCCAGCACCUUGCACGACCCCACCGAACACAGCAGGAGGGCCAGAACAGGGACCUGUAAUUCGGAUGGUGCCCGUUCCCAUACGAAGCUUAGCUUCGCACGCGAGUUUGUCUUCGGAAGCUACAAAUAAUGCUUCCAGAAGCUCUGGAGCAUCGAAGAACUUCGCGGACGAAGCCCUUCAUGGGAACGGGGCUGGUGGUAACAGGAAGCAAAUCGCAUUGGGGGGAACUCGUGUGGCAAGAUGGAGAUGGCAAUUGAAUUUGAGCUGGUGGAGCUGUUGCGGGAACGGCGGCACAGGAGUUGGCUGGGAUAAAGUGAUGGAAAAGAGUCUACGCACUAAAUCUGUUCUUGUCGCGAGCUUAGGCGUCUCCAGGCAGCUGUGGUGUUGUUUAUGGGCGUCAUUUGGAUGGCUCCGAAUCGCAUUACGGAAAAAGCGGAUAUUGGUGAAAAAGUCGCAGAAGAAAACGGAGGAUUGA